AUGAAGGUUUUGUUCAAGCUUGGCGGCAUAGUGCCCAUUACGACUGAGGCAGUCCCGUUUAUGACGGUUCUGACGGCUACGGUCGGAUUCGGCGUGUACACCGGCGUGACCCGGCUUAAGGACAAACACUAUAUCCGGCUGGCGCCGCAGCACUGCUACAAGAACCCGUACGAGCCGGUCGCAGCGCAGGGACAGUGCAAGAACUGCGGCGCCACCGGCAUCCAGUGGGUCUUCAAAAUAGCCAUGGCGAUUUCACCAAUCCACACAAAUGCAAUCUGGCAUGCGACGGCGUUUGGCGGCACUGCCGAGCGUUGGUUCGGGUGCUCGGCCAUGCAGUGGGUGGAGGGCGCCAAGGGCGACCAGGCAACUGUGGAUAGGUUCUUUGCAUUGCUGGAGGUGUUUGGCAGUGCAUGGGCGAAGAUGGGUGCUAGUGGGGUUGUUGGCGCGGCAGUGUUUGGCCUGCCGAUUACCGUGCUCUGGCAGAUGGCGGACGGCAGCAUGCCAGCAAGAGUACUGGAAGGCUCCAGUGCAUGCGAAAUUUACGAAUCGGAAACUAUCAGCGAUAGUGAUGAGACAUAUGAUGCCGGCGCCUUACUCACGGCAUGGCAGGCAGGCAAAGCGCCGUCGUGGGAGACAGCAGAGCCCUACGAUAUGGUGAGGGACUCGGAGAUCGCUGCGGCCCUACAGGACAUGUCGCAGCUAUUCUCCGACGCUAGCACAUAUAUGUCCGGGUCCCUGGCCGCAUUCCAGUACGAGGAGAGCCUGCAGUACGAGCACCAAGACGAGCUGCUGAAUCUGCAUACCCCACAAAGACCUGUCCGAACGCCUGUGGGAUAUACGCCGCCGGACACACUGCUCCGGUGGCUCGAGAUGCCGCCCUCAUACCAAAGACCAAGCACAGAGCUGCCGGAGGUUUUGGCGCCCGAGACGCCGCCGACUCCAUCGCCGGUGCGCUUGAGGCCGACUAGAAGGGCUACUAUGCGGGCUGCGUUUGAGAGUGUGCCUGAGACGCCCGUGAGCAGGGCAGAGAGCAGCGGGAAUGUGUACUCGCGGUUGCGGCGGCGGCAGUACGCUAUGGCGGCACCGCUAAUGGUGCCUGAGACGCCGGUGGUAAAGCGCAGCAGGCCGGAAAAGUGA